AUGAAGCCCAGGGAUACAGCCAUUUAUUUAUUCUGUCUUCCAUAAGGAGGCUUCAUAAAUUUUGUACACUGUUUGGUCUUUUUGUAGACCAAUUCUGCAUGUGAAGUACAGAUGGUAUUCAGUCCCAGAGCCCAGGUAAAGGAAGAUUUUGACAACCUGCCCCACCAGCCUUCAGUGUCCCCUGCAACACAGCUGUAUGGUCUCGCUGAAGGUCAACUUUCAACAACUUUCCUUGGAACUGGAUAUUUGUAAACUGAAAUGUGACACAUAAGGAGCUGCUAACAGGAAUUGAAAUGACAAACUUUAUUGCAAAGGUUUUGCAACCGCUGGAUUUCUACUGUGUGCAGCCACUUCUUAGGAAGACAUUCUUGGCCGGGGUCCAUGUACCUGUUACUGUAUAUAAGGAGGUUCAGAGAUGAUUAACCUCACAGUCCUGCACACUCAGGCGAAGGAGACGCACAGCAGCAGAGAUCCUUUAAUUUUGAGAAGAACGAAUCAGUUGAAGACUGAGCCUUCAGUAGAUCCUCCACUCACUAAUUGAAAAGCUUUAAGAUGAAGACAAGUGUUGUCAUCCAGUGCAUCGUUCUCCUGGCCUGCAUGGCCCUUUGCACUUCACUAGUUAUUCCAAGGUGCCGCUGUGUGAAGACCAGUAAGUCUGUAAGGAUCGCUCUCAUCGCUCAACUCAAGUUGGAUGAGCCUCGUCCACACUGCAACAGGAGAGAAGUCAUUGUCACACUGAAGGAUGGGCGUGAACAGUGUCUCGAUCCUGAGUCUAAAUUCACCAAAGAACUACUGAAAAAACUGAAGCAGAAGAAAAGUCAGCGUAAGACGACCGUCAGCCCCCAAACAACCACAUCACCAGCCACAGUGUCAAACUCACUAUGAUGCACUUUGCUUGUUUAUAACUGUUACACAAAAGAAACAAGACAUCACUUAGUGAGAAGAAGGAGCAGCCGAGAUCCGGUGCAAAUUUGUCCACCACAUCCCACAGUGGUCGAUGGGACUGAAAUCUGGUGACUCUGGAGGUCAUUUGCGUACAGUCAGCUCACUGUCAUGUUAAGGACGCUAGCUUGAGUUGUGAGAUAUGGUGCAUUACACUGCAGGAAGUAGCCAUCAGAAGAUGUGUACACUGUGGUCAUAAAGGGAUGGACAUGGAAACAGUAAACAGUGAACAUUGUUCAGCUGUUGGACUGGAUACAUGUUUAAGUAUUUUGGGUUUUUUAUUCUUUUUUCAUUUACCAUGAAGAGUGGCUCCUCCCGCUGAUUUUAAACCAAAACUUUUCAAACCAGCUUAUAUGAGAGAUCCACUUACACGACACAGAAAACUCUGAGUUUAACAUCUGAACAUAGCAUUGAGCUCACUUCAUAGUUCACCCCUCUGUUUCCUUCCCUAGAGUGCACCCUUUGUGUUUUGUUUCAUUUCAUCGUUGGUGUGUCUGUUCUGGAUUAUUUUUAUGACCUGUAUAUUUUUGACUCAGUGAAGAAAUAAAGGUUGUUUUUUGUUUCCUUCA